AUGCCUCCCGACCGUCCUGCGGGUUCGCCCAGCAGCAAACGAAAACAACUGUCUGUUCCGAUCCUUCGGAAGACGACUUGCUGCAUGUGCUGCCUCCGGGUUUCUAACUGUGACUGGCCUAAUGAACCCAAUGGGAUACGAGAGGCCUCCGGCAAAUUGACCCACGAUAUAUUCACACUUAAUAACAACACUCACUUCCGUUUGAUUGUGCAGAGUCAAAUUGACAAAAUCCUCGCGGACUGCCAGGCCUGGAUCGAUGAAACAGCUUGGGAUCCUUCCAAUAACAUCGUUUGA